AUGUCUUUGCCACUGUCUCUGAGAUCCUCUGUAACGCCUCCUGAACUGGAGCUUAUUGCCUGCGAGAGCCAAGUGGAGGUCAUCCCGUUGAUCGCGAUGGACCGAACUGCCUUCGUGUCGGGUGCGUACGGGCCUUUGCGACCACCUGCGAAAAGUCGCGUGCCGAUAUGGAUGGCAAUCAACUUGAAACUCAAGAAGAAAUGUCACAUCGUGGCUCCAGAUUGGCUGACCGUCGGUAGGUCAUGCAGAGAAUGGCAGAGACCGGUCUACCUACAGGAUAAACUCGCGGAAGAAACCGGUGGAGACGGAUUUAGCAAACUCCCGUUCCGUUAUGCCGAAAUAGCCAAGGUUUUAUUAGAUAUCGCUCCCGACGACAUACCUUCUCCUGAUAAAGUCCGGUCCCUCUUGAAAGACCUGCGGGAAGCUCGUCAAGCGAAGAGUCGUGCAGGUUUGCAGAUGAUCGAUCAUAACGAACUCAGUUUACCGAAUUUAAGCUCCAUGGAAAUCAAUGAGAUCCGACCGUUCUUCGUUCGCUCGAUGGGAGUACUCACGCAGCUUGUAGCCCCUCGACCAGAAGCGACAUCGGCGGAGUGA